AUGAAUAAUAACAAUCGAACUUUGGUUCUUGUCACUGGCGCCAGUGGAUAUGUGGCUUCUCAUUGUGUGAAAUUGUUGCUUUCAGAGGGAUAUUUGGUUCGAGGCACUGUCCGUUCGCUGAGUAACCCGAAAAAAGUCGGUCCAAUCAAGAAAUUGGAUGUCGACGGUCGAUUGGAGCUUGUUGAAGCAAAUCUUCUGCAAGAGGACGGAUGGCAAAGUGCCGUUCGUGGUUGUGAUUAUGUGCUUCACGUAGCUUCUCCUUUCCCGAUUGUUUCAACGGAGGAGACGAUUAAAACAGCAAUUGAUGGAACACUUAAUGUAUUAAAGGCUUGUCAAAAUGAGGCAUCGGUGAAGAAAGUGGUGCUCACCUCGAGUUGUGCAGCGGUUAAUGAAGGAAACGAUCCCGAUCGAAUUUUCGAUGAAGGGAGUUGGACAAACACGAGAAGCUCCCAAGUCGACUUUUACGCAAAAAGCAAGACAUUGGCCGAGAAAGCAGCAUGGGAUUUUGUGGCCAAUAUACAGGAUGGAAAUAAAUUUAAACUGACAACCCUUAAUCCAACGCUGAUCGUCGGUCCACCACUGAUUGAUGAUGAUCAAGGAACGAGUAUUACGUUGAUUCGACGAUUUUUGAAUCCUUGGGAGAUGCCCGGUGUGCCGGGAGUCUCCCUGGCGUUGGUUGAUGUGAGAGAUGUGGCAAAGGCUCACAUCGAGGCAAUGAGGCGGCCGGAAACUGAUGGGGAGCGGAUCCUUUGUACUUCUCAGCCAUCCUUCUGGUUCCGAGACUUUGCUCGCAUUUUGGGUAAAGAGUUUCGACGACAGGGUUACUGGGUGCCUUUGAUCCAAGUUCCCUAUGCUGUCGUUUACAUUUUCUCAUUCUUCGACGCGCAAGCUGCCUCCGUUUUGCAUAGAAUUGGACCAGAAGUGAAAUUUUCCAACAAGAAGGCAAAACGCUUGCUCGGUUUGGAGUUUCGCGAUCCAGCUGAGUCGAUCGUCGAGAUGACUUAUCAUUUGAUUGAACGUGGAAUAAUCAAGAAGAAAUCCGGAUAUACGGGAAUGCCGGACAAAUACAAAAUGGCUUUG